AUGGAGGGACAGGGCAUGGAAACUGGGCAGAUUCUAAGUAUGAAUGGCGGCUGUGGAGAAGAGAGCUAUGCCAAGAACUCCCAUGCACAGAAUGCAUAUCUUUUGAGGACAAUCCCAGUGUUGCACGCGGCUCUACUUGAUUUCUGUACCAAGAAACUUCCUGCUAUCGUCGCAAUCGCCGAUCUUGGCUGCUCUUCUGGGCCAAACACUCUGUUUGCAAUCUCCCAAAGCAUGAGCAUCAUCCACGACACAUGCCGCCAAAUUGGAUGCUCGCCACCACAGUUCAGCGUGUUCCUGAACGACCUCCCUUCCAAUGACUUCAACACGGUCUUCAAGUCCCUUCCACAGUUCCAGAAGAGGAUGAUGGAAGAGAACGGCCAGGACUUUGGGCCAUGUUACAUCGCUGGAGUUCCAGGUUCCUUCUACGGUAGGCUUUUCCCUGCAAAGAGCCUGCACUUCGUGCAAUCUUCCACAAGCCUCCAUUGGCUCUCCCAGGUACCUCUGGAGCUGAGUGACUGCUCUGACAAAGCAAUGGUAAAUAAAGGGAAAAUCUAUAUUUCUAGGACAAGUCCACCCAGAGUUGUGGAAGCUUAUUUGAGCCAAUUCAGGAGGGACUUCUGCUCAUUUCUCAGGUUGCGAUCGGAAGAAAUAGCCCCUGGUGGACACAUGGUUCUGACUUUCAGGGGCCGGAGGAUGCCAGACCCGUUUCCUGAUGAAAGUUGUCUGCUUUGGGACUACUUAGGACUAGCAUUUCAGGAUUUGGUCUCACAGGGAUUAAUAGAGGAAGAGAAGCUGGACAGCUACAACACACCAUACUAUGAGCCCUACGUGGAGGAUGUGAGGGCAGAGAUAGAGAGAGAAGGGUCCUUCACUCUUGACAGGUUAGAGAUCAUUGUAGCUCCAUGGGAUGGGGUGAAUGGAGGGCAGAGGUAUGACCGGAGGAAGACAGCCGAGAUGAUGGCAAAGGCCAUGAGGGCAGUGAACGAGUCCAUGAUCACAAGCCACUUUGGGGAUCAAAUCUUGGACUCCUUGUUUGAGAGGUUCAUAGACAUCAUGGCUAGGGAUACCAAGGAAGUGGAGCAUCCCAGUCUUGUGGUGUCCUUGAUUAGGAAGUCGUGA